AUGGCAGCAUAUGUCCAGGAUAUAUUCAUGCUCUUCGGAGAUUCUAUCACUCAAGGAUCCUGGGCACCAGGAGAUACGGGGAUUGGUCAGAGGCUGUCGCACGUCUACGCAAGGAAGCUCGACGUUCUGAAUAGGGGCUUUUCGGGCUACAAUACAGAUUGGGCACUACCCGUCUUCAAACAGUGUCUGGCCAAGAAGGAUGAAGCUGCCAAUGGUCCAAAGGUCCGCGUCCUCACGAUCUGGUUCGGGGCGAACGAUGCGUGUAUCAAACCAUCGCCUCAGCACGUCCCCCUCAACAAAUUCAAAGCGAACCUUCGAGAAAUGGUAGACCUCGUCCAUUCUCCAAACUCGCCUUACUAUGCCCCGCACACCCGGAUUAUCUUGAUAACUCCGCCACCUGUGAAUACACACACUCGGAAAGCCGAUCUGGAGUCGAGGGAUCCGCCGGUAGAGCUGGACAGGUUGUUCGAUGUUACCAAGGAGUACGCCUCGGCCGUCAUGGAGAUUGCAAGAGAAAAGAAUGUGGCUGUUGUUGAUGCCUGGACUCCGCUCUGGAAAGGCGCUGGUGAGGGCGAGAAGGCGUUGUCCAAGUACUUGCCGGAUGGUUUGCACUUGAAUGAAGCCGGUUAUAAGGUUGUCUACGAGGCCCUCAUCAAAGUUAUUGCCGAAAAGUAUCCGGACGUGCAUUAUGAACAGCUCGGGUUCGCGUUUGCACCAUGGAAAGAUAUCAAGUGGGAAUCCCCAGAGGAAAGUCUGCAGGUCCAGAGAGCGAAUGUUGGAGCAUAAAUUGGACUCUGACUGCCUUGUUUUACCCUCGACAAGAGGUGUUAAUUAACGUCAUGUUUGUGGGGUUUGGUCGAAAUUGGAUGUCAUGGGCGCUUCGCCAACCCCGGUUGCUGUCCGUUUCUGGACA